UGGGCGGUGAGCGCUGCCAUCCGGCCUUGGGGGAGGGUGCAGAGACGGGCCUGGCGCACGUCGAGGGCCACAGCAGACUUUGCCGCUGGCUCUGAGCUAGCAUCCAGGCGGCCAGACCCGGCGGAGCUGUCCGCAGGGCGGAGGAACAUACCGGUCUAACAACCGAGAACAAAGACUUCAACAUCCUCCUGCCAUCCCUCAACAUCUACAGAGACUGCAAGGAUGCUGACUGUCCCGGAAAUGGGCCUGCAAGGGCUGUAUAUCAGCUCUAGCCCAGACAGGUCCCCAGUGCCCAGCCCACCCGGCUCCCCGAGGACCCAGGAAAGCUGUGGCAUUGCCCCUCUCACACCUUCACAGUCUCCAAAGCCAGAGGCCCGCGCUCCACAGCAGGCCUCCUUCUCUGUGGUGGUAGCCAUCGACUUUGGGACCACAUCCAGUGGCUAUGCCUUCAGCUUUGCUAGUGACCCUGAAGCCAUCCACAUGAUGAGGAAAUGGGAGGGAGGGGACCCAGGCGUGGCCCACCAGAAGACCCCUACUUGUCUGCUGCUGACCCCAGAGGGUGUCUUUCACAGUUUUGGCUACACCGCCCGUGACUACUACCACGACCUAGACCCUGAGGAGGCUCGGGACUGGCUCUACUUUGAGAAGUUUAAGAUGAAGAUUCACAGCGCCACUGAUCUCACCUUGAAGACCCAGCUGGAAGCUGUGAACGGGAAGAAGAUGCUGGCCCUGGAGGUGUUUGCCCAUGCCCUCCGCUUCUUCAAGGAGCACGCCCUUCAGGAGCUGAGAGAGCAGAGCCCGUGUAUGCUAGAGAAGGAUACCGUGCGCUGGGUGCUGACGGUGCCCGCCAUCUGGAAACAGCCAGCUAAGCAGUUCAUGAGAGAGGCUGCCUAUCUGGCUGGCCUGGUGUCUCGAGAGGAUGCAGAAAAACUACUCAUUGCCCUGGAGCCCGAGGCCGCCUCUGUCUACUGUCGAAAACUUCGCCUGCACCAGCUCAUGGACCUGAGUAGCCGGACUACAGGUGGUGGGCGCCUGGGUGAGCGCCGUUCUAUCGACUCCAGCUUUCGACAUGCCCGGGAGCAGCUACGCAGGUCUCGCCACAGCCGAACGUUCCUGGUGGAGUCUGGUGUGGGAGAACUGUGGGCAGAGAUGCAGGAAGGAGACCGCUACAUGGUGGCAGACUGUGGGGGUGGCACUGUGGACCUGACCGUACACCAGCUGGAGCAGCCUCAUGGCACCCUCAAGGAGCUCUACAAGGCUUCUGGCGGCCCUUAUGGCGCAGUCGGGGUGGACCUGGCCUUUGAGCAGCUGCUCUGCCGCAUAUUUGGAGAGGACUUCAUCGCCAAGUUCAAAAGGCAACGGCCAGCAGCUUGGGUGGAUCUAACCAUUGCCUUCGAGGCCCGAAAACGCACUGCAGGCCCGCACCGCGCAGGAGCACUCAACAUUUCGCUUCCCUUCUCUUUCAUUGAUUUCUACCGCAAACAACGAGGCCACAACGUGGAGACCGCCCUGCGCCGGAGCAGUGUGAACUUCGUGAAGUGGUCCUCACAGGGGAUGCUCCGGAUGUCCUGUGAGGCCAUGAACGAGCUGUUUCAGCCCACUGUCAGUGGGAUCAUCCAACACAUAGAGAUGUUGCUGGCUAGGCCUGAGGUACAGGGCGUGAAGUUGCUAUUCCUGGUGGGCGGCUUUGCAGAGUCGGCCGUGCUGCAGCAUGCGGUGCAGACAGCGCUGGGCACCCGUGGCCUGCGCGUUGUGGUCCCGCACGAUGUGGGCCUCACCAUCCUCAAGGGAGCAGUGCUCUUUGGCCAGGCACCCGGUGUGGUGAGGGUACGCCGCUCCCCUCUCACUUACGGCGUGGGUGUGCUCAACCGUUUUGUGCCUGGCCACCACCCACCUGAGAAAUUGCUGGUUCGGGAUGGGCGCCGCUGGUGCACUGAUGUCUUUGAGCGCUUCGUAGCAGCAGAGCAGUCAGUGGCCCUGGGAGAGGAGGUGCGGCGCAGCUACUGUCCUGCGCGCCCGGGCCAGCGGCGUGUGCUCAUCAAUCUGUACUGCUGUGCUGCUGAGGAUGCACGCUUCAUCACUGACCCUGGGGUGCGCAAGUGUGGCGCACUCAGCCUGGAGCUUGAGCCAGAUGGCUGCCAGGAAAACACAGGCACGUCCCCCAACCGCCGUGAGAUCCGCGCUGCCAUGCAGUUUGGCGAUACCGAGAUUAAGGUCACUGCUGUGGAUGUCAGUACAAAUCGUUCUGUACGGGCGGCCAUCGACUUUCUUUCCAACUGAGAGCGCCCUUUCGGGUGGGGACACAAGAACAUGCUGGUCUUCACAGCAGCGCCCCUUUCUCCCUACCCUGAGAGAAAUGUGAAGGACACAUGGAGACCAGCUUUGGUGUUGGGUCUUGGUCUGCUGACUGGAACACUGCAAGAGGCGAGGUGGUAUAAGAUUUCUAAGAGGUCUGUUAGAGGCUUGGCAAGUGUGGGACCACGGUGGUCAGAUUGCAACAGAGGACUAAACACUGGCCUGAACUGGUGGGUGAGGGGAAGGGUAAGUGAAACUGCUGAGGAGCCAGUGAGGUGCAGAACCUGGGCCUGAAGGUUAGAGUUCAUUAACUGUUGCGCUUUAGCCACAGGAAGCCAAGAGUUUCAUGCGGGGUGGGGGCUAAGCCCAUGCUAAAGGGACAGGUGUAGUAGUACCUGGAUGUGUGACUGUUAACUGCAGAGCAGUGGUUGAUGGGAGGAGGGUGCAUUGCUACAGUGAAGGCAGUUUGGAGGGGAUGUGGACACAGCAUCUGAGGACCCACGGGCAACCUAAAAUGACCCAUUUGCCCCCAACUCAGCCACGGGGCAGUUACUGGGGCAAGGGGCAGGGGGUGUCCCAGCUCUGCCACUUAAUCAGUAUAGCAUUAAGAAAUCUGAUCAACCAUGGGCCUCAGUUUCUCCAAGUGUGAAAUGCCAGGCACUUCCAGCCAUCCGUGGCACAGGACAACUUUACCUGCCUGAGAACUUACCCUAGGUGAAAAUAAAGCAUUUGUGGUCAA